GUCCAGGGAAAGCCGUGACCCCGGAGGCCUGGGGGCUCCGCCGGACUGCGAGACCCCACGCUGACCUCCCAUCGCUUUCCUGAGUCCUCAAAUUCGUCUCAGGGAGAGCCGGGUUGUGCGCUCAGACUGGAGGGCCGCGUCGCUUCCACCAGGGGGCGUGAGCACCCGCGCGCUCCGCAGCGUCCACUGGUGGCGCUGUAGCGCGAGACCCCUGCGCGGUCUGGGGAAGGAUUUGCAUAAUCUUGAAAGAGCCGCGGUGAGUGGCUGCAGCACAGAAGCCGACUGUGAAACGCUGCUUCUCAUUGGCUAAACUUGCCUGGCGGGUCCGCGGCCUGUCCCGGCUGGACCCGAGGCCGGCGGGGAGCGAGACAGAGAGCCGGAGGUGCCGUCUCGGGGCGGAGCGAGUCUGAGCCGUUUGCGCCCCCUACGCCCUCGCUGGCUCUGUCCCGGAGCUGGAGAUGGGCACCCCAGCGGCGCCGUCGAGGACGCGUCUGGUCCUGCGACCCUUGCCACCUGCUCCCGCGCCCUGAGGCCCCGCUGCUCGCCGGGAAGAGGAAGGACGCAGCCCGCUCACGGGAACCGAGUGCUGGGCACCGAGCGCAUGGGCACCGAGCGAGGCGACCCCGAGCCCGCCUGCCGCGAGCAGUUCCAGGCGGCGGUCAGCGUCAUCCAGAGCCUGCCCCGGACAGGUUCCUACCGCCCCUCCUAUGAGGAGAUGCUUCGUUUCUACAGCUAUUACAAGCAGGCUACCCUGGGGCCCUGCCUGGCACCGAGGCCUGGCUUCUGGGACCCCAUCGGACGCUACAAGUGGGAUGCCUGGCACAGUCUGGGCAGGAUGAGCAAAGAGGAAGCCAUGUCUGCCUAUGUUGCUGAGAUAAAGCUGGUGGCACAGAAGGUGAUUGACACGGUGCCCCUGGGAGAGGUUGCAGAGGACGCAUUCGCCUACUUUGCACCCCUGUACCAGGUGAUCCCGAACAUGCCAAGGCCCCCGGAAGCCUUCCUGAGAAGGAUCACAGGCUGCAAAGAACAGGUGCUUUGCAGAGAUGAUGGGGCUAUACCAGGGCCUCCCUACCUCUCCACGGAACCAGCACCCCCAGGCCCAGAGUCCCAGACUCCUAGAGACCUGGAUCUGGACAUUUUCUGUGAUUCCCUGGAGCAGCUUGAGCCCGAGCUGGUGAGACCCCCCUGCCUCCCCCUCCCCAGCCCAGAGGCUGCGCCUGUUCCCCUACCCCGCCUUGUCACUCAGGUCUGGGCUGAGCAGAGGGGAGCAGCAGGAAGAGACCCCAAGACCAAGACCAGCCUUGAGAGCCCUGAGGAGAAGGAGGAACUGGGGGGCGGCCCACAGGGGUCCCAGGAGCUGGACAAGUGGCUGGUGGGGACAGUCCGGGCCCUGCAGGAGAGCAUGCAGGAUGUGCAGGGGCGGCUGCGAAGCCUGGAGAGCAAGCCCCGGCCUCCUGCGCAGGUUUCAAGGUUACUCCAACAGUCCAGCCCUCGUCCCCAUCCUGACGCGUUGGCUCCCGUGGACUUGGAACUGCUGGACUGGGUGUGUGGCCCAGGGCUCUCUCCCGCUUAGCCACCAGACUCAGAGGUUUGUUCUUCAGAAUCGGGGUGGCUGGAGCAGGAGAGGGCCGAGCUUCUGCUUUGGGGUUCGCUGGGAACGCCUGACCCGCUGAGCACCCUGGAUGAGCCUUCCUGGCAGGGGCUUCGACACGGCCUCCCCUCUCCCCUCAGACUUCCUUUCCUUUCCUUCAUUUCAACUUUUACCAGUUUUAAAUACCAGUUAAAGAUUUUAAAGUAGAUUACAGACAUCGUGAUGUUCCAUCCUGAAAUACGUGGGUUUAGUAGCUCUCAAAAUAAGAACAUUCUACUACCUAGUCAAAAUGUUGUAAGGCCGGGCAUGGGCUACACACCUGUGAUCCCAGCACUAAGCCUGAGGCAGGAGGAUCAGUGAAAAUUUGAGGCCAGCUUG